CAAGGUUUAUAAGCUAACAACUUACUAGCACCAAAUCUGUAACGUUAGCUAGACCCGACCAAACCUUCGGUCAGCCUGCGGCUAGUGUCGCUCUGUAAGUGUUAUUGCUGGUAAUUUUUUCGCAGUGUAUCCUGCCCCAUUUUAAAUAGAGACAGUCACCUUGCCAAGGCCUUAAAGUUAUUUGAAAGGUGGUUCUUGAAUCUCCACACGAAGGCUACACUGAAUGAAGAUAUGCUUAAAUUUGCGGACGAUACAACGGUCAUCGGCCUCAUCCGAGAUGGUGACAAGUCUGCAUACAGACGGGAGGCUGAACGGCUGGUCUGUUGGUGCAGCCAGAACAAUCUGGAGCUGAAUACGCUCAAAACUGUGGAGAUGACAGUGGACUUUAGGAGGAGCCCUCCCACUCUGCUGCCCAUCACCAUCACCAACAACACUGUGACUGCUGUUGAAAGCUUCAGGUUUCUGGGUUCCACAAUCUCUCGGGACUUGAAGUGGGAGACCAACACAGUCACUAUCACCAAAAAGGCUCAGCAGAGGUUGUACUUUCUGCGCCAGCUCAGGAAGCUCAACCUGCCUAAGGAGCUGCUGACACAAUUCUACUCUGCCAUCAUUCAGUCUGUUCUUUGCUCUUCCAUCACUGUUUGGUUUGGAUCGGUCGCCAAACAGGAGAAGAACAGACUGCAACGAACAAUAAGGUCUGCAGAGAAAAUUAUUGGUGUCAACCUGCCCUCCAUCCAAGACCUAUACUUGUCCAGAGUCAGGAAACGGGCAGGUAACAUCUCUGCGGACCCAUCACACCCUGGUCACAAACUAUUUAAACUUCUCCCCUCAGGGAGGCGAUAUAGAUCACUGUAUGCAAAAACAACCAGACACAAGAAUAGUUUCUUCCCUCAGGCUGUCUCUGUGAUGAACAGCUAAAAUCCAGAUUCAUAUAUCAGUAAUAUCACUUGCAAAAUAUCUGCACACUCAUACUGUCAUUCUGUGCUCACUGUUACUUAUAUUAUAUUUAUACUUAUUUAUAUUUACUAUUUCAUCUUUGCACUAUGCACCAUAUUGCACCAAAAGGGAAAAUCCUUUCUGUGAUGAACAGCUAAAAUCCAGAUUCAUAUAUCAGUAAUAUCACUUGUAAAAUAUCUGCACAAUCAUACCGUCAUUCUGUGCACAAUGUAUACUUUAUAUUUAUUUAUCUAUUUCAUACUUCACUUACCUGGAUUACUUUGCACUAUGCACCUAUUGCACCAUAUUUUUUAAAUUUUUUUUGUUUUGUUUUGUUUUGUGUAUACGUUUUUUUAUCUGUUUUGUACUAUGAGAGCUAAGUGAUACCGGAGUCAAAUUCCUCAUGUGUGUCCAAAUACCUGGCAAUAAAAAAGUGAUUCUGAUUCUAAUUAAUAAGUGUUUUUAUUUUUGUUUCAGGCCCCAAGUGCAUUUAGGCAUUGGACUUUGCACAAGUGAAGUGUUCAGAAAAGGCCCUGUCAAUUCGGUUCCGUCAGAGGACGGAAACAGCUGAUAAAAUUUGAUUUUUGGCUGGGCUAUGCCGUUAAGAUAUUUUUAAAAUGUAAAUUUAUUCAUUAUUGUUGUUAUUUACUUUCAGUUAAAUUUAACUUUGAAGUGGUCGCUCAUAUUUUGUACCCAAGCCAGUUUGUCAUCAUAUUUUUUCUAAAUAAUAAAGCAAGAUGUGGUGCAUUAGAAA